UUCGCCACAAGUGAUUUUAUCUUUUCGCUUCAACAUUUUUUACUUUGAAGCGGCAUUCAAUUUUGCUCGUUAAACGUCAAAAAAUAUUGAGUUGUUCUGUUGUCGAGGAAUUGCAAAAAUUUUGAUUGAAUGGAAAUUUGGAUUGUAAAAUAUGUUAUUUUCUUUAAAUAACUAAUAGAAAAUCUUCCAAGACAAGUAAAGCUUUCGGAUAUCAUUUCAGAUAUAUUACUUAUGGCGAAAAAAAAAAUUCAAACCGAAAAAAAGUCGGUUGUAGUUACGAAUAAAACAAAAACUCAAGGUAAUGAAAAGAAUGCAGUUUCGAAAAAAAUAAAGAAAAAUAAUGACGAAGAGCAAGAAGUACUUGUAAAAUAUAAUAUUUCAAACUAUGGAGAACAAAAAUUAGUAAAUGCCAAAGAAGAAAACUUUUUAGAGCAUGAGAAAGUAGUUCCAGAGCCGGAAGUUGUUAUAAAAGAAGAGAAAGUUGGUAGCAAUGAUAAGUGGGAAGGAAUUGUAAAAGAAGAGAAAAUUGGUAGCGAUGAAGAACCAGUGACACUUACAAAAGGAAAACAAAACAAAAGAAUUAAAAAACAGAACGUAUCGGUCAGUUCGAGAAGAGCUAAAGAUGCGUUAUAUAAGAGAAUGAGGCGUAUGAACCCUGAAUAUCGCGAAAAAGAAAGAAUUAGAAGUAGGGAACGUAAAAAAAUAUAUGCCGAACGUAUACGUAGUGAUCCUGUUUUACUUGCAACAUUUAGAGAAAAGGAUCGUAGACGCAAAUCUUCUGCACGUCAGAAUGAUACAAGUCAAGAUUCUGAAAACAAAUUAAAUUACUUAAAUCAUUUAAUUGAACGUAAAGACUUAUCAAGAAUGGAAAUAGAGAGAGAACGAAACCGAUUGCGAAAAGCAGCUCGUCGUAUGGAUCCAAAUUAUCGCAUUCAGGAAAGAGAACGAGAUCGUUUACGUCGUUCUACAAAACGCCAAGACUUACAGUAUCGUGCACAAGAACAACAGAUCAACACAAUACAGCGAAAGCAACGACGUCAUAUGCAAAUGAAGAAGGCAAAUCCUGAUAUAAAACAGGAAAACAAAAAUGGAGAAAAUGAUGACCGAUUUGAAAAGAAUCUUUUGGCAAAUGUCGAUACAGCACUGAACAUAUCAGUUCAGAACGAGAAGUCAAUAAAAAGUUACAUUAAAGGAAGUGAUAAAUCUACAACUAGGAUAGAACGCAUUGAAACUACUGGAAAACGUUCCACUCGUCAGAGUAAAAAACGUUAAAGAAUUCGUAUGAAUUGAAUUGAUCUAUUUUAAGGAUAAUUAUUUGCUCUUUUGAUUUAAGAGUUCUUUGACAUUCAUUAUUUAUAUAUAAAAUAUAAAUAAUA